GCCACCACCGGAGCCGCCACCGCAGCCGCCGCGAUGGAAAACUAUCGAAUGAAGAGCUACAAGAACAAAGCCCUGAACCCUGAAGAGAUGCGCCGGAGGAGGGAAGAGGAGGGGAUCCAGCUGCGCAAACAGAAACGGGAGCAGCAGCUCUUCAAAAGGAGGAAUGUGGAGCUGAUCAAUGAGGAUGAGUCCAUGUUUGACAGUCUCCUGGUGGAUCCCUACGUCACCUCCACGACGUGUGGGGAGGGAUUGAUCACAGGAGAGAUGGUGGAGAUGCUUUUCUCAGAUGACCCUGACCUACAGCUAGCAACCACUCAGAAAUUCAGGAAAUUACUCUCCAAAGAGCCAAAUCCUCCAAUAGAUGAGGUGAUAAACACUCAGGGAGUGGUGGAGAGAUUCGUGGAAUUCCUGAAAAGAAGUGAAAAUUGCACAUUACAGUUUGAGGCUGCCUGGGCCCUGACCAACAUUGCCUCGGGCACUUCCCAACAAACCAAAAUCGUCAUCGAGGCUGGGGCAGUUCCCAUCUUCAUAGAGCUCUUAAAUUCUGACUUUGAGGAUGUUCAGGAGCAGGCUGUCUGGGCAUUGGGGAACAUUGCUGGAGACAGCUCUGUGUGCAGAGAUUAUGUCCUCAACUGUGCCAUUCUUCCUCCCUUAUUAAUGCUCCUCACCACAUCCACCAGGCUGACCAUGACACGAAAUGCUGUCUGGGCCUUGUCAAACCUGUGCAGAGGGAAGAGUCCCCCUCCUGAAUUUGAGAAGGUGUCUCCCUGCCUGCCAGUGUUGUCCCGAUUGUUGUUCAACAGUGACUCUGACCUGCUGGCAGACGCAUGCUGGGCUCUGUCCUACCUGUCCGAUGGUCCCAACGAGAAGAUCCAGGCUGUGGUGGACUCAGGGGUGUGCAGGAGGCUGGUGGAGCUCUUAAUGCACAACGAUUACAAAGUGGCCUCUCCAGCUCUGAGAGCAGUUGGCAACAUCGUGACAGGGGACGACAUCCAGACCCAGGUGAUUCUAAACUGCUCAGCCCUGCCUUGCCUGCUCCAUUUAUUGAGCAGUCCCAAGGAAUCCAUCAGGAAAGAGGCGUGCUGGACCAUAUCCAACAUCACAGCAGGGAACAGAGCACAGAUCCAGGCAGUCAUAGAUGCCAACAUUUUCCCGGUGCUGAUUGAAAUCCUGCAGAAAGCAGAAUUCCGCACGAGGAAAGAGGCGGCCUGGGCCAUCACCAACGCCACGUCAGGAGGGACCCCUGAGCAGAUCAGGUACCUGGUGAAUUUGGGUUGUAUCAAACCUCUGUGUGACCUGCUGACUGUCAUGGACUCCAAGAUUGUUCUGGUGGCUUUGAAUGGGCUGGAAAACAUCCUGAGGCUGGGAGAGCAGGAAGCCAACCAGAGUGGGAGUGGGAUCAACCCCUACUGCAGCCUGAUUGAGGAGGCCUAUGGUUUGGAUAAGAUAGAAUUCCUGCAGAGCCAUGAGAACCAGGAGAUUUACCAGAAAGCCUUUGAUUUGAUUGAGCACUACUUUGGGGUGGAGGACGACGCGGGAGUGGCUCCCCAGGUGGAUGAAAACCAGCAGCAAUACAUCUUCCAGCAACCCGAGGCUCCCAUGGAAGGAUUCCAGCUAUAAUCCUAGGGAAAAAAAAAAAAAAAAAUCAAAACAACCCCAACUAAACCACCACAGACUUUCUGGAAAGUUUGGGAGAGCAGCUGCUGGUCCUGGCUGGGAAGGUUGGACACCCACUCCACCUGUUUAGGAAAACUCAACAAAUCCAAGCAGCGCUCCUGGAGAGAAAGGGGGAAUUUUUUUCUGCUCCUCUGUUUCUUUGGGCUGCUGCUCCACGUUGUUUUUGCAGGCAGGAAGGACACAGAGGUGACAGGUGGCACCUCUUGGUGGCUCCUUUUUUUUUGUGGUGGUGUCUCCCCAAUGCAGUUUUUACCUCGGGUACUCCAGCCUUGGGUUGGGUGAGGACACGGAGAGGAGGGAGCUGUUGUGGCCACAGUGAUUCUGCAAAAUGUGGGUUGAUCUAUUUAAAUUUUUUUUCUUUUUCCUUUUUUUUUUUUUGCACAUUACUCUUUGUUAAAGACUCUUUAAUAUGCCAAGAGCAAAGUUUAACCCUGGCCUUCCUCCUUCAGGUGGACAGUUCUGGUGAGCCCAGGACCAGUUCCCUGAUGAAAAAAUACUGAAAAUGGACAGAAAAAUGCAAAGUUCUCUCACUGCUGGGAAGUUAUUUUUUUUUUCCUGCUGCUUCCCUUUGUCUAGAUAUUUUUGUUUGUUUUUUUUUUUGAAGAACUGCUAGUGCUAUUUCCAAGGAUUAAAAACAAAGCAACAAGAGCCCAAAGAUGGGAACUGGGGUGGAUUUUUUUGGAGCAGGAAGCACAGCUGCUGUUGCACAGGUUUGGUUUGCAUUGUACUGACUGAUCUCAGAGCUCUGAAAUGCUGAAACCCACCUUCAUCUUUACUUGAAAUACUUUAUUUGCCAUGAGAAACGUGGGCUGAAUUCUGGGUUUUUCCUGCCUUGGGGUGGUUUGGGGUGCAGGAAGCUUUGGCUCCAACAGCACCAGGUUUUCAGGUUUACCUCCUGCUCACAGUCGGAUAAAUGCACAUUUUACUUCCAAAAAAAAUGGCAAAUCUCUGUAUUUUUUAUAUUAUAGAUAGGGAGAUAUUUGUCUAAUUGGGCCACAGAGCAAACUAUAUAUAAAAUUUCUGUAAAAAUAAGCACUGUGAGGCAGGCACACCUGGAAACCCCCGGGCUCAGGGCUGUUCCUGCUGCUCCUCCCGCUCCUUCCCCUGCCCGGGGAGGUGAACACGGAGCUCCCUCGGCGCCUUUUGAGUGACUUUGCCGCUAUUUCAGUAAAAACCGAGGAGCGAACACCGAUUUCGGGGGUGCAGGGGGGGCGAGCUGAGCCCUUGUUGUGGAACGAAUAAACUCCACCUGUGCUGGUG